GCUCCGCUCCAGCUCAUCUGGUUACCUGCCCCGCGAUCCCGCCGGGGCCACAGCAGUCCUCGUGGAGAAGCAGGAUCGGCUCAGCGCGCAGCACCCCGCUCCAUCCCGCCCAACCCGUCUCCACGGCAACGCGCCGAGUCGCUCCACGGUGGCCGCCGAGGGACAAUCCCUCCGCGUCCGCAGCUUCCGCGGCUUGGCGCGCACGCCCUGCCCCCAAGUCCCGCCCCCUCGCCCGUCUCCCGGGCAACGCGCCGCUCUCAGGUCAAGGCGUCCGCCCCGGGACUCACUCCGCGUCCGCGCGCGCGGGUUGAGCAUGGCUGGCAACGCGGCUCCCGUUUGCCAGCCGUCCUCGUGCGUGGAAGGCCGGAUAGCACAGCCGAGUAGGCCCUCGGUCACAUGGGACCUGCGCCCGUCCACGGAUUUGGGGUGCGCCGCCCCGGCGAGCGGCAGUUCGUACGCCACCCAGAGCUCGAACUUCUUCCCGCGCGAUAGGCUCGGAAGCCAAGACGUCGUCGCAGACCGUCCGCAGAUCUGCUUCUUGCGGCCCAGGGCCGCGCCGUCGCCGGUGCUCUUCAGCUUAAUGAAUUCCACUGAAGCAGGAGUGAACAAAUAUUUACGCAAGAGCCGAUUAUCUCGGGUGAUUAUUCAUGACAACCGCAGUGCACAACGACUCUAUGAGAUGGAGAUAAGAGCUUCAGACAAGACCAAGAAAAAGAUGAACCACUUGUACGAUCACCUGAAAAAAAAGUUCAUGAUGGACCAGCUCAGAAAGCUGGGGCGCUGGAAACGGGAAUCCAUGAACAUCCAGCAGUACUUGGAUGAGAACCGCAUGUACCAGACCCUGCGGAAACCCCAGUCUCGCAAGAAAAAGCAGCCACCCUAGUCCUGCAGGAUGAUCUGCCCCAGGGCCACAGUGAUGCCAGUCUGAGCAGGGGGAGAAGCAGAAACUAGCCAGCCUACACCAUCGGAGAACAAUAAACCGCGACCAGCGGACAGCGGAGCACAAAAAAACCCCUCAGCAAUCCUAAUGUUCCCUGCCCCACCCGCCCCCUCUGUUCUGGUGAAAAAGAUCCUGGUAGUCUCCUAGGUGCUCGGGUAGAAAAGACUGAACCAAGCCAGCUUCUAUGGUUAAGGCAAACAUUGACCUUUUCGUGUCCAUAGGUCUGAGGUGACGUGCCAGGCCAGGUGUGCUAGGACCGUGGUACCUUAGAUGGGAAGGGCCCAGGAAUGCCGCUGCCUAGCAUUCCAGUGGUAAAGAGGUCAGGGUGGGGCAUCAGACAGACCUGGCUUAAGUGCUAUUUCUGCCACCCAUCAGCUGUGUGACCUUGUAACCUCUCUGAGCCUCUGUUUCCUUAGCUGAAAGAAUGAGGUGACAGUAAGGGAACCUGCCUCCAAGAUCUGGCAUGAGGAUGUAAAGUGCUCGGUCCAGGGCCCAUCAUUCCCAAUGGCUUUCAUCACCAUGGCUCCAGUUGCCUUCUAGCCUUGCUGGUCCCAACUCCCUGUCCUGCCUGUUGUCCCGACUAGACCCCGAGAGCGCCCAGAUUGGGCCUUUACACAUGAAGACCCCUGUCUCGAAUGCCUCUUCAGCUCCCCAGGGCUCUCACCGACUCUUUUCAUCCUUCAAGCCUUAUCUCAAUGCCAUUCCCUGCAGAGCAUUUCCCGACCUUCUGUCUCAGG